GGGUGGCGGUGAGUUUUGCCUUCGGAUUCGUCCGCAAGGGCUCCGGGAGAUCCAUCCACCUGCUACGUGUCGUAGCAAGAACCACGUGUUUGCAAGGGUCGGAGAUUUCAGGCCGUGGCAAUGCCGACGCCACCCAUGGACUCAAACAUGGAGGAAAGGGCCAGCGGCGGCCUUCUCCUGCUACUCCUCAUCGCCGGUGUUGUCGCCGUCUUUGUUCGGCUGAGGCGACGGUGGGGGCACGGGAGCAGCAGAGCGCCGAGCCCUCCGUCGCUCCCGCUGCUCGGCCACCUCCACCUGCUCAAAAAGCCGCUGCACCGCUCGCUGGCCGCGCUCGCCGGGUCGGCGCCGCUCCUGUCGCUCCGGCUGGGCGCGCGCCGGGCGCUGGUCGUGUCAACACACGCCGCGGCCGAGGAGUGCUUCACGGCGCACGACGCCGCGCUGGCAGGGAGACCGCAGCUGCUCGUCGCGGAGCACCUGGGGUACGGGCGCACCACCAUCUCGUGGGCCUCCGACGGCGCCCACUGGCGCGGCCUGCGCCGGUUCCUCGCCGUCGAGCUCUUCUCAACCUCCCGCCUCGCCGCGCUCGCCGCCGACCGCCGCGCCGAGGUCGCGUCCCUCGGCCAGAACCUGCUCCACGACACCAGCGCAAGCGCCAGUGGUGGGGUUAUUACCCUCCGGAACAGUCUCUUCGAGCUGGUGCUCAACGUGAUGCUGCACGCGCUCACCACGCGCCGGCACGCCGGCGACUUGCGCAGAUUCCAGGAGAUUGUGGAGGAGACAUUCGUGGUGAGCGACACACCGAGCAUCGGGGACUUCUUCCCGGCGCUGCGGUGGGUCGACCGUCUUCGCGGUGUCGAGGCGGCGCUUGCAAGCCUGCAGACAAGGCGUGACGCGUUCGUUGCUGGCCUCAUCAAUAACCGCCGGGAAAUGCGCAGCGCCGGUGGCGGAGACGUGGAGAAGAAGGGCGUAAUCGACGUGCUCUUGGAGCACCAAGAAACCGAUCCUGGUUAUUACACUGACACCGUCGUCAAAGGCAUCGUCUUGGUAAUGCUCACCGCCGGCACCGAUACAUCAGCGCUGACCACCGAGUGGGCGAUGGCGCUGCUGCUGAAGCACCCUGGCGUGAUGGCAAAGGUGAGGGCCGAGAUAGACGCCAAUGUCGGCAUGAGCCGACUGGUUGAGGAGUCAGACAUCACCAACCUACCUUACCUGCAAUGCGUUGUCAAGGAGACCCUUCGACUCUGCCCUGUUGGCCCGGUCAUCCCAGCACACGAGGCCAUGGAGGACUGCACCGUGGGUGGCUUCCAUGUGGAGCGUGGCACGAUGAUCCUUGUGAACGCAUGGGCGAUCCACCGGGACGCCAAUGUCUGGGAUGCACCGGAGGAGUUCAGGCCAGAGAGGUUCUUGGGCAGAGACGCGGUCACCAUGCCCAUGCUGCCGUUCGGGCUUGGCAGGAGGCGAUGCCCCGGUGAGGGGCUGGCGAUGCGCGUUGUAAGCUUGACACUCGCAGCACUCCUGCAGUGCUUUGAGUGGGAUGUUGGUGAAGGUGAUACCAUUGACAUGGCUGAAGGUGGUGGACUGACAAUGCCAAUGGCGACACCGUUGGCGGCUGUCUGCCGGCCUCGAGAGUUUGUCAAGAGUAUGCUCUCUGCUUCCAUUUGAUCGACUUAAGACAGGUUUCUGAAGAAAUAGAAGAAGCUGGAUUAAACUUGUUUAGCAAUCGUGCCAACUUCCAAUGAAUCUCGAGGUGAAUACUUGCAGCAAGAUUCCAUCGAUGAUGCUGAACAUCAGCGGCGGAGCUUGACGAAGAUUGAUAAGGGAGCUAAUCUGAGUUUAGGGGGCGAAGAAGAUAAGUUAUGAAGUUAUGCAUGAACUUUUUUUUUGAUAAAAAGGUAGACCUUACGUAUUCCAAACCAGACCGAAGUCUGAGAAUAGUUCAGUUACAAAGGGGGUAGCCCAAAACAACAGAACGCAAAAGAGUAACAGAGUAAAAAACACAAGGAAAUCCA